AUGGAAAAUUGCUGCCAACAUGCUCUGCUCCGCCAUUUCACCUGCCUGUUUGUCCUUGCCCAGCUGCUUACCUGGGUGUCCACAAAGGAGUUCCUGGUGUUUGGUCCCUCAGACCCCAUUGUGGCUGCUCCAGGUGGGGAAGCCAUACUUCCCUGCUCCCUGUUUCCAGUCAUGAGUGUGGAGAAUAUGGAGGAGUUGAGGUGGUUCCGCUCCAGAUUCUCAGAGGCAGUAUUUGUCUAUCGGAACCAACAAGAGCAGAAGGAAGAGCAGAUGGCUGAGUAUUCAGGACGGACCUGGCUGGUGAAGGACCAAUUCCACCAAGGCAAGGCUGCUGUGCGCAUUGGAAAUGUCCGGGAGCCAGACAGUGGGAUAUACAUCUGCUUCUUCAAACGUGGUCUCUUCUAUGAAGAGGCCAUCUUGGAACUGAAGGUGGCAGUGAUGGGCUCUGUCCCUGAAGUACACAUCAAAGGUCCAGAAGACGGUGGUGUGUGUGUGGUGUGCAUGACUUCAGGGUGGUACCCGAAGCCCCAGCUGCAGUGGAAAGAUUCCAGAGGGGAGAGGCUCCCAGCAUCCUCUGAGAAGCACACUGAGGAUGCUGAGGGGCUGUUCAGCAUGAAGACCACAUUGGUGGUGAGAGACAGCUCUUUGGGGAAUGUGACCUGUUCCACCUUCAAUCCCAUCUUGGGCCAGGAGAAGGCCAUGGCCAUGUUCAUCCCAGAGCCCUUCUUUCCUCAGGCUUCUCCCUGGAUGCCAGCUUUUGCCGUGAGUGUGACCAUGAUGGGGCUUCUGGUCUUAGGGUCAUGCUAUUUUCUCAGAAGAGAACAUUUAGCAAAGCUGAAGUUGCGGCAGGAAUGGGAGAAUCUGCGGCAUGGGCAGGAGUCAUUCCAGCAGAUAAAGGAGGCUGCGCUGAAGACCACAAGUAACCCAGUAGCUCACUUGACUGCUGUGUGUUGUUUUUCAGAUCGGAGGAAGGCAGCUUACAGGGCUGCCUGGAGGAAGGCCCAGCUGUAUGCAGAUUGGCGCAAGGAACACUUCCAGGCCUGGUCUGUCACUCUGGAUCCAGACUCUGCCCAUGCCAACCUUGCCAUCUCUCAGGACAGGAUGAGUGUGACCUGGAGAGAUACCAUUAUGCACUUGGAAGGCCCCAUCUGUGUGUUGGGCACUGAAGGCAUCUCCUCUGGAAGAUGUUACUGGGAGGUGAAGAUAAAGGAUGGAGUAUUCAGCAAGUGGACUCUGGGCGUCUGGAGGGAAGAUGUGGAGAAGCAAGGCUGGUACUCAGAGUGUCCAAAAAGGGGGUUUUGGACCGUGGGACGAACUAAUAGUGGCUAUUGGGCCUAUGUUGACAGUGGGAGGGCUUCAUUAUCCCUUAGACAAGCUCCCCAGAGAGUGGGGGUGUUUGUGGACUACAGUGAAGGUGACAUUUCCUUCUACAACAUGAGUGACAUGUCCCACAUUUUCUCCUUCCAUGAGGCUUCCUUCUCUGGGACUCUUUUUCCAUACUUCAGGCUCAAGUCUGGAGAUGUUUCAAUGAUUCUCAGCUCUGAGGAGUUCCCUGUGCCCAUUAGCACUUUGCCUUCUCUGAAGGAGUCUCUGUGUUCCCAAAGGGAGGGGCUCACCCUAGGCUCUAGAGUUGUUGACUCUCUCCCAGAGGAAGAAUCUCAAUUCCUCCCUCUUUCCAGUGACACUUUGCCCCCAUAG